UGGACAUAGUCUCUGUAAUCUGUGAUUACUUUCUGUAUUAUAGACUUUACGUGAUUAUGAAUUAUAAAUUUUAAAUUAGUCUUGUAAAAAAAAAAGUUAAUUAUAAGUUUAAUAAUUUUUUUUAUUAAGGAUAUAAAAAAAUAUAACCAUAUAAAAUGGAUUUCCAAAACCGUCCCGGCGGUAAAACUGGUGGAGGAGGCGUAGCGUCUUGGUCUGAAAGCAACAGAGAUCGACGCGAAAGGCUUCGUCAGCUCGCCUUGGAAACGAUUGAUUUAAAUAAAGAUCCUUAUUUUAUGAAAAACCAUUUAGGGUCUUAUGAAUGUAAGUUGUGCUUAACUUUACAUAACAACGAGGGUAGCUACUUGGCUCAUACUCAAGGGAAAAAGCACCAGGCAAAUUUAGCUAGACGAGCAGCUAAGGAAGCGAAAGAAGCACCACAAUUAUUGGCACCGGAGAAACCGAGAAUAGAACCAAAAAAGUUUGUUAAAAUUGGAAGGCCAGGUUACAGAGUUACUAAACAAAAAGAUCCAGAGAAUGCACAACAGAGUUUAUUAUUUCAAGUUGACUAUCCAGAAAUUGCUGAAGGAGUGCAACCUAGACAUCGUUUCAUGUCAGCUUAUGAACAAAAGAUAGAGCCUCCAGACCGUAGGUGGCAAUAUUUGUUAUUUGCUGCUGAGCCAUAUGAGACCAUUGCAUUCAAGGUACCCAGUAGAGAGGUAGAAAAACAUGACUCUAAGUUCUGGACUCACUGGAAUAAGGACACAAAGCAGUUCUUUUUGCAAUUUGCUUUCAAAAUGGAGCCUCUGCGUAUGCCACCACCACCACCAAAAAUGUGGGAAAAUCAUGGCAUGCGUUUACCACCACCUCCCGGCGCACCAAUGAUGGGUGUACCACCACCACCACCAUUGUUACCAGUACCCCCACCUCCCCCUUCAAUGUAAUCAUAAUUGCUAACUAUAAAUAAAAUUUAAUACAUAUUAUUCAUUUUAA